AUGGAUGCUGCAACAACAUCCCCAAAGGCCGCUCCAACCCUGCCGCCAGAAUGCAUAGAGAUGAUCCUCCAGUACCUCUGGGACGAUCCCUCGACGCUGCAUCAGCUUUCGCUCUGCAGUCGAACGCUCUUCAACCUGAUCAUUCCCAUUCUCUACAAAAGUCCCUUCCGCCUCAUUGCCGACCACAGGACCUGGUCCGACGCCUCCAAGAGCCUGCGCACUGCGCGUCUUAUACGUCUCCUCUACGCCUGCUCGGUCACUCCUUCUUCCUCCCUCAAGGGCGACGCGGAUCCGAUGUCAUCGUCAGAACUACCAGUAACACCGUUGACUGGUGACGUGCUGUUCAAGGGCCCUGCAGAUUGGCCAGAACUCCCGUCGCCCUUGACGACGGACUACCUCUUCCAUUACACCCAUCAAGGACAGAUCCCCAAGUUUUUCCGAGCCUUUCAAGUCUUGAGCCCUUCCCGGAGCAGUUACGGAUCGGCGCCCCAUGCCAGCAAGACCUUGGCCCUGGCCCUGUUUGGCCAUUCUCCAGGUCGAAUCCAGACCCUGUCGAUGACCGCACAUCAGUUAGGAUGCGUUUUGUUUGAUGAGCCCGGGCAGGGGAUCUCGUGGAAGGAAGGGGUUGGACUGGGAUCGUUGAGGAUGUUGCGGCGAUUGGAGUUGGAUAUUACGGCGACUCAUACCUCGACAUCGUGGCGGAAUGCGCGAGGACAGGGCGAGUGGGCUUCAAACCAGAAUCCGACGGCCGAGGCCGAUUUCCCGUUGAUAUUUAUUCAAGAGCACCAGCGCCUCUUCCGUCAAUCGCCUGUCGAUCAUUUCAGCAACCCUACAACUACCACCGGCAGCAGCAAUGAGCCUCUUCCACCACCGGUCCUCCAGGAGCUCGUCAUCAGGGGUCCACAUGGCGAAUGGACGCCGGCACAGCUGUUGUCCAAGAUUGAACCUUUGGAGGUGGUGGAUCUGUCGGCAUGGAAUGCGGGUGUGCCAGCGCUGGAUCAGAUUCCGCAACAGCGACUCAAGUCCUUUAGGACCAAUAUUGCGAGGCGAUUGGAAUCAGUUCAGGUGCCUCUGGAGUAUCUGAGGCGGUGCUCGCAGUUGGAGGAGAUCUGGAUGUCGACUCAGGGGGCAAACGCUUUCCGGUGGGCGAUCGAUCUGAACAGGUCUAUUGGUGACUAUGUGAGCGAGGCCCGGUUACGGAGACGUCGUGGUCAGGUCACCCAUAGUCCUGCUCUUGCAGAGGCACAGGAUCAGGGGAUGGUCGGUCACGAUGUGGUCAACACAACAACGACAGCAGCAGCGGCAGUGCCUCCCUCAUCAUCUGCCCAGUCUGACGAUGCGUCUCUCGCGCUUCUUCCAGUGCCACCAUUGACAAAGAUCCGACUGUACGGAGGGCCUCGCGACUUGAUCCCAUCGCUGGAGGAUGCUCUGGACGCCUUUCGGGACAACAUCGAGGAGCUCUCUGGAUUCGAGGACGGAUACAGCCGCCGGGAGGAGUACCCUCGAAUGCAGAUCACCUGGUCGGUCCCGAACCUGUCAUACCUCGACCUGCAAGGACGAUUCGUCUUCUUUUUCGAUCUGCGCUGCCUGCGCCACUGUCCUGGUCUCCGCACCCUCAAGUUACAUAUCGAGUCCAACAUUGCGGCCCCGCAUCGUCGCCGUGGGAAUGUGGAUGUCAACGAUGAUCAACAGGAUGGACAGGAUGUUCAGGAUGGCGAAGACCCCGUGUGGAUGACUGGACGCGACUACUCUGUGAUUGCAGAAUUGUCGCGGUUGGAGGAACUACAGUUGAGGGGUACGUCCUGGAAUAUCAACAAUGGUACCCUACAGACUUUGGGAGGGUUCUCGCUCGCGACAGCGGACUAUGACCAUCCAGACCUGGUUAUCAACGAGACGGAGUACAGGCCAACGCCGUUGGCUGGUAGUUUGAAGUACUUUGGAAUGACGGAAGCGCACCUUCCGAGUCGGGCUGCGUUGGUGCCGUUUGUGGCGACGAUGACGAAGUUGAAGGUGAUUUCUUUGGGAACCACGUACUCGUUUGCGAUUGGGUCCCUCCAGGAGGCUGCUGGGCCUCGUCUUACUGUCGAGUGUACCAAUUCCUCCGUUUAUUAG